CAUUGUCUAUUGGUGUUUCGUCACGCGGCGAGGUGGGUUGCUAUACAACGGGAAUGGUUUCGGUAUUUUGCUUGAGGGUCUCUCGUAUUAUCAGUUAAAUCUUUCCAGAUGGAAGUAUCCGUUGUGGGUGUGGUUAUCCUCCUGUCGGCGCUUUUGGGGGGCCGUGUGUGUUCACAAGACCUAAAGUAUGAAACUCACUUCCCCUACGUCCAACCUGGUGUCAGGACCUUGACAGUCACGGAUACAGUAACCAGGACGCACACUGUGCGUCAGGUAGUAACUUCUGGGGUGGUUGACGAAGACAUGGUGACAAGCACGGUAGUUGUGACUUCUCUCGGCACCAGCUAUGCUUUUACUCCUUUGAAUGACGACACGGUGACCUCCGUAGUCACUGCCACUGCUACGCCGGUUCAGGUGGUGACACGCACCGUAGUAACCCACCCAGUGCGAACAUUUACGUCUGUGUUCUCCACCUUCACGACCACAACGGAGACUGCUGAUUUCGUUUAUUCUGUGACCAGUGAGGCCACGCAGCAGUCGGUUCUUGUUGUGCCAGUAUACGAGACGAGGGUGUUGCAGCAGACUGUCGUUACCACUAAUACGCUAGUCUCCACUUUAACCACAACAUUAAGCAAAUAUGGAUAUGCAUAGCUACGAAGUUAAUUCUUUAAUAAUUGAGCUUGUAGUUCCCAGUCUUGAUCCCGUAAAUCUUUUGUUAAAUAAAUGUUUGAGCUUAAUAAUUGCGCGUACUUCCCAGUCUUGAUCCCGUAAAUCUUUUGUUAAAUAAAUGUUUGAGCUAGUCAA